ACUUCUCAGUUUGAUACUGUGAAGUGAGAAGAAGUUAAUUAUUAGUGUUACAAUAUACCCUUUUCACGAUGGCUUCCGCACAAAGCUUUGCCUUGUUGUUCGACCGACUUGGUGAACCUAUGAUAACUCCUAAGGGCGAACAAAACGCUCUAUUCCGGCUGACGGAGCAACACUUGGGAGACAACUAUCAAGCUAAUGGCAUCGAGCUCAACAACCGCUUCGGCGACUCUGCGAGUGAGGAGAUAUUGCUAGCGAACAUGAAAAACGUUCCAGAAUUCCGUAAAGCCAAGAAAUUACCUCACGAUGCAGAUUUUUCAUUGUUCCUGCCUGCUCAUCAAGAGAUGGCGGAUGAAGUGCUCGACGUACUUAUGGGAAUUCCGGAAAAUGAACUCCAGCAGUUCUUGUCAACAUGUGUAUUCACAAGGGUAAAUCUUAACCCUCAGCUGUUUAACUACUGUUAUUCGGUAGCCCUAAUGCACAGGCGUGACACAAGGAAUGUACCAAUUCAAAACUUAGCAGAAACUUUUCCAUCUAAGUUCAUGGACUCACAAGUUUUUGGACAAGCAAGACAAACUGCUGCAGUCUCAGCUCAGGGUGCACCGCGUAUUCCAAUCAUCAUUCCGAGAGAUUACACGGCCACGGAUUUAGAUAUUGAACAUAGAAUGGCGUACUUCCGUGAAGAUAUCGGCGUCAAUCUCCACCAUUGGCACUGGCAUCUCAUUUACCCUUUCUCCGCCAACCAGCUUAGCAUUGUUGCCAAGGACCGUCGCGGUGAAUUAUUCUACUACAUGCAUUCACAGAUCAUAGCUAGGUACAACGGAGAACGUCUCAACAAUUCUUUAGCGAGAGUUAAGAAGUUUAGCAACUGGAAUGAACCGAUCCCCGAAGCGUACUUCCCAAAACUUGACAGUCUGACGUCAUCCCGUGGCUGGCCACCACGACAGGCCGAUAUGGUUUGGCAGGACCUUAACCGUCCUGCCAAUGGACUCAACAUUACAGUAAACGACAUGAAACGCUGGAGAAGAAACGUGGAAGAUGCUAUUUCGACUGGUUUAGUUAGAAAUCCUGAUGGAACAACUAAACCAUUAGACAUCGAUACGCUGGGCAACAUGAUAGAAGCGAGUGCACUAUCGCCCAAUAGCGAAUUGUAUGGCGCCCUCCACAACAACGGACACAGCUUCACCGCGUUCAUGCACGACCCCACACAUCGUUAUCUCGAAAACUUCGGUGUGAUGGCUGACGAGUCAACAACGAUGCGCGAUCCCUUCUUCUAUCGUUGGCAUGGGUUUAUAGACGAUCUGUUCCAGAAGUUCAAGGAGUCCACCCACGUACGCCCAUACACGAGAUCUGAGCUUGAGAAUCCAGGUGUGCAAAUAUCAUCGGUCCGUGUGGAAAGUGGAACUGGUGAAAUGAACACUCUCAACACGUUCUGGAUGCAGAGCGACGUUGAUCUUUCCCGUGGACUUGACUUUUCUGAGCGCGGUCCCGUAUACGUACGGUUUACUCACCUCAACCACCGAUCAUUCAAAUACGUGAUCGAUGUAAACAACACCGGUGAUGCUCGACGCGCCACGGUGCGCAUAUUCAUGUCGCCCAAGUUCGACGAACGCAAGCUGCCCUGGAAACUGUCUGACCAACGCAAAAUGUUUAUCGAGAUGGACAGAUUCGUCGUGCCACUGAACGCCGGUCAGAACACAAUCACGCGCCAGUCAACGGAGUCGUCGGUGACGAUCCCCUUCGAGCAAUCGUUCCGCGACCUGUCCGCACAGAGCGGCAGCCCACGCGCCGACAGCCUCGCCAGCUUCAACUUCUGCGGGUGCGGCUGGCCGCAGCACAUGCUGGUGCCGAAGGGAACGGAGGCGGGUGCGCCGUACGACCUCUUCGUAAUGCUUUCCAAUUAUGAUUUGGACAGUGUGAACAACCCAGAUGGAUCCGAAAUGAGUUGCGUGGAAGCAUCCAGCUUCUGCGGGUUGAAAGACCGCCUUUACCCCGACAGACGCAGCAUGGGUUACCCCUUCGAUCGUCCUUCCAGCAGCGCCGCCAACAUCCAGGACUUCAUCCUACCUAACAUGUCACUCGUUGAUGUCACCAUCCGCCUGCAAAACGUAACAGAGCAAAAUCCAAGAAAUCCACAGAACUAAAAUACACCUUCUUAUAUUUUUUAAUUUAUAUACUUUAUUAUAUACUUUAUUAUU